AUGCCUGGAAGACACGCAGCAACCGUCAAUCUUGUCAACCCGGCGCCAAAAGAGGUAUACAAUGCAUAUGUCUACCUCGUUGCCAUGGUCGCCGCCAUGGGCGCCUUCAUCUUCGGUUACGACUUAGCUUUUAUCGGCACCACAAUCACUCUUAAACCAUUCCUCAAGGACUUUGGCCUCACCCACGCCUCCGCAACCGCUAAAGAUGCAUUCUCCGCCAACAUUGUUUCUCUGCUACAAGCAGGGUGCUUCUUUGGUUCCUUGGCUGUCGCACCACUGGGAGAUCGUCUUGGACGCAAGCCUGCGUUGAUGAUCGCCGGUCUGGUUUUCUGCGCUGGAUCUUUGAUGCAAACCGUCAGCUUUGGCCAUGUUGCAGUCAUGUAUGUUGGUCGUGCCAUUGGCGGUCUUGGUGUCGGCGCUGCCAGUGGACUUGUACCUAUCUAUUUGGCUGAACUUUCACCACCAGCCAUCAGGGGUCGCCUGGUUGGGAUUUAUGAGAUUAGUGUACAGACCGGUACCUGCAUCGGCUUCUGGAUAUGCUAUGGUGUUCAGAGAAACAUGAAGCCUACAUCUUCACAAUGGAUCUUGCCCUUCGCCGUCCAGCUCAUUCCUGGCGUGCUUCUGAUCAUCGGAAUGUUCUUCGUGCCCGAGUCACCCCGAUGGCUGGCCCAACACAAGUCUCGCGAUAUUGCAGCACACACACUUUGCAAGCUUCGCGGUCUGCCCGAGGAUCAUGUCUACCUCCAAGAAGAGCUUACUCACAUCAUGGAUACCGUCAAUGAGCAGCUGGAAAGCCCCCACGACCAAGGCCUGGUUUCUCAGGUCAAGGAGCUCCGCGUUCCCAGCAACCGCAGACGUAUCUUUGUAGGAGUGGCUAUCUUCAUCUUUAUGCAGUUCGCGGGCAGUAACGCCAUCAAUUACUACAGUCCGAGGAUCUUUAAGUCUAUUGGCCUGAAGGGACAAUCCACCGGUCUAUACGCCACUGGUAUUUACGGCAUCGUCAGACUCGUCUGUGUCAUUAUCGCCAUGCACUACGUAGUCGAUCGCUUCGGACGCAGGAAGAUGCUCAUGGGUGGCGCAGCUGUGAUGGCUACUGCCAUGUGGUUCAUUGGUGCAUACAUCAAGAUCGCGAAUCCUGCCGCACAUACUGUCGGGCUGUCUGCCGGAGGCUACGCAGCAGUUACAUUCAUCUACAUCUUCGCAGUCGGUUUCUGCUUCUCCUACGCAGGAGUACCAUGGAUCUAUUGCUCUGAGAUCUUCCCUCUUCGCAUCAGAGGUCUGGGUAUGGCUCUGUGUACUGCCACGCAUUGGUUGUUCAACUUCGUCAUUGCCAGAUCAGUGCCAUACAUGAUCUCCAACAUUGGAUUCGGCACGUACUUUGUUUUUGCCUCUUUCACGACUGUCUCGAUCGUCUUUGUUUACUUCUGCGUGCCAGAGACCAAGGGCUUGUCACUUGAGGAGAUCGACAUCGUGUUUGGUGGAGAGCUGACCAGCGGACUCGAUGGCGCUGCUCUGGAAGAGGUUAAGAUUGGCGAGGAGGCCACACAUGUCGAGUACAUCCAAAAGUCGUGA